UAAACCCGAUCAAGCGAUAGCAUCUAAUCGGGCAUUUACUUUGGAUUGGAUCUCCAAAUCGCAUCCAACAAAUACUACUACCACCUCCAACCACACCAUUGAAACAGAAUCUCAAAGCAACCAAUAGCACCCCCCAAAAGGAAAAAAACAGGCAAAAUGGCCACCCCAACACAUGAACAGCUCAAAACCCUCGAACAAUCCCGCCAGCGAUUGGUGCAGCUCACGCGCUCCCUGGCGUCCCUUAUAGGAAGUCUAAAUCAAAGCGAUCCUCUGCCAUCCUGGUCCUCCCUCCAAUCCCAAGCAAGCAUCAUCUCAAACAACCUCCUCAGCGUCUCCGACCACCUCUCCGACAACCGUGAGCUCCUCACCUCUCUCGUCGCUUACCCGGGCCCCGACUACCCGGGCCGUACGCAGGCCAACACGCUCGAACAGCUUCUGCGGACGAAACUCGACCCCCGCGUCGAGGACUGGGUUGCGCGCGGUCGCAAGGCGGGCGCGUCUGCGCUGGAGGAUAAGUCGGGGCUGGCGGAGGCGGAGCUGGCGGAGUUGUGGGAUUGGGCGCCUGUGGAGGCGAACGAGGAGGCGAGACGCAGGAACUGGGGUGGGAAUUUUACGCUUGAGGAGAGGGAGAUGGGGGUGCAGAAUGUUGUUACAGGGUUAGCGAGGGUGUUGGAGGAUGAGGGGAGUGAGAGUGAGGAUGAGGAGGAAGGGGAGGAGGAUGAGAUGGAGAUUGUCGGUGUUAGGAGGCAGUCUGCUGGGGCUGGGUUUGAGUUUGAUAUUGCGCCUGCACAGCAUCACCAGCAGAAGUUUGUGGAGCCUGCGGUGCCGUUGGAGGAUAUUUUGAGGUUUAUGACCACUGGAGCGGAGCCUGGGAAGAGGUAAUUUAUGGAGGGGUGGUUUGAAAAGUUACGAGGAAAUGAG